GAGGAGAAGCAGUUCGAUGGGGUUCUUACCUCAAUUUAUUCUAUCGGAUAAGUUGAUAAAAUAAAGAUCAAAUGUUGAAGAAGUUAAACUGUGAUUUCAAAGAAUCAUUAGUAGUUCCCUUUAGUUACAUUUUGAAAAGGAAAAAGCGAAGGAAUCAGAGUAUGCCUCGAUGUAAAGUGGAGGAGGCACAGGUAAAUCUAAAGCAAAUUGAAGAAGUUGAAAGUAGCAUUCACUCUGUGAACUCUAAAAGAGACCAAUUUGAUUCUAGUCCACCAUCAAUGAAGGCUAAGAGAGUUGCUCAGACUUAUAGAAGUCCUGCUUCUCAGCAGAGAAAGUAUACUGUUAGUUCAGCUAGGUCUAAAGAUACUAAAUCCUCUGGAUUGAAGUCGGUAGCUGUUGAUUUCGAGCAAGAUGCUAGCACAGUAGAUAAGAUAAUAAAAGACUGAAAUAAAAUCUUUGUGAGAGAUAAAGAGUAAAUCUGCAUAUAAUUCUCUCAAUAGAUUCAACAAACUUCAUCAACUAGUGUUUGGUAAGACCAAGAAGGUUCGGACUAAUAGGAAAAGAAAGUUAAAUCUAAGGAACAAGAAAUAAGUCAAAAUGGUAGCGUCUGAAAUAAUCGAUAUAACUCAAUAAGAUUCAAUAU